AUGUCGAAAUCGUCUUCGAGCGACAAUUCAAUUGUCAAUAUUGUUCCUUGCCGCAUCAACCACACCGGCACCAGCAAAGUGACGAAACGAUACUGGCAACCGCGCAGCGAAACCGAUGGCACGGAGACUGCGUACUUUCGAGGUCGUCGCUUGCGUGGAAGAGUGAUCAAUAUGCCUGAGAAAUAUACAGGUCUUGUGCUGAGAACGAGCGCUAAGACCAUAAUUGAACCAACGAGUCCAGCGGUGCAGGAUGAGGACGAGGAUGAUGAAGAGCCAGAACUGCCAGUGCCAAUCAAAGUUAUCGAGCAGGUCUCAAAUUUUGACAAGAUGAUUCUACCACCUGCCGAUGACACCAUGGUCAAAGGCGUCGAAGAAUGGAUCGCAUUCGCAGAGGCAAUCCAUAAGCCAGCAUGA